ACUGUUCUAUUUCCUCCAGGGUUUAAAGAGACCAUCAACGUAUCCCUCAUGGGACUGGCCAUCUCAGACCUCAUGUCCCUGGUCACAUCGCUAUGGACGGCAAUCUGCUGGACCCCGGCCAUGUACUAUGCCGAACUGCCCUUCGUCCCGCAGGACGUCGACUACAUGACCGGAAGUUUGCCCCAUCUGCUGUUCACCCGCGUCACCGGCUGGAUCACCGCGUUCGUCGCCUGCGAGCGCUGCCUGUGCGUCACCGUGCCCCUGAAGGUCAAGGCCAUCAUCACCCCGAGGCUGGUCAAGAGGUUCGUCGUCCUCGCCUUCGUCGCGGUCACCGUCGCCCAGUCUCCCUCCUUCUACACCAGCAGCUUGGAGUGGGUGUUAGACGAGGGUCGGAACCGGACGGUCCUCGCGCGGGUCGUCCGAGCGAUGAGCGAGGAGACGGACGCGGUCACCUACUCGGUCAACCUCGUGUCCCCGUUCGCGUCGUUCGCCCUCGUUCUCGCCAGCACCGUCGUCACCGCGGUUCAGCUCAAGCAGAAAUCCCAGUGGAGGAUGAAGUCUGCUUCCGCGGGAGGCGUCGUGAUGCCGGCUUCCGGGUCAGGCGUCAAGGCCGCUCUCCCGGCGCCCAGCAAGGACCAGAAGGUCGUCAAAAUGGUCGUGGUGUUAUCGGUUGUGUUCAUCGUCAGCUUCCUCCCGACCAACGUCAUCCAUAUUUUCUACUGCACGAUUGUCGACAGCCCUCAUCUGCUGGCUGUCUACAUUGUUUACAUCAGCGUCACGUUCUCUUUCAUCAAAGUCCUCGAGUGCUUCAACGCAAGCAUCAGCAUCGUGCUGUACUACUUGAUGAGCUCCAAGUACAGGAGCAGCUUCGUGAAGCUUUUCAGAUCGGUCAGCGGCGACAAACGAACAUGA